UCUUGUCCUGGAUAUGACUGAAUACAAGCUAGUUUUUCUCUCGUGACAGUUCAAAAAAACCUCAAGAUUAUGUUUCUCUUCCUUGUCGCUUUUUUGCCAGUGGUUUUUAAAAUUGGUUUUGUCAGCCUCUCAGCUCUGCAGCACUGGAACUGUCCUAAUGGAUACAGAUUAAAGACUGAAAACUCUGCUUGUAUAGAUAUUGAUGAAUGCCUUGAAGGUGGUUUGGGAACCUGUGGCCAAACCUGUAUCAAUGUUCCAGGGUCCUACAUCUGCUCCUGUCAGCCCGGCUACACUUUGGAUAUUGACAAACGGUCUUGCUAUGUGAACGACCCUGCACCAUUCCUACUUUUUAGCCAUGGAAAUGCCAUCUUUAGAAUUGACACUGAGGGGACCAAUCACGAAAGAUUGGUGGCUGAUACUGGUCAGUCAACGCUUAUGGAUUUUCAUUAUACAGAAGAGAAAGUGUAUUGGGUAGACUCUGAAAGGCGACUACUUCAAAGAAUUCACCUGAAUGGCACAAAACGAGAGAGACUAUGUUACAUAGACAAAGGCAUUUCGGGAUUUGUUAUUGACUGGAUAAAUCAAGACAUUCUCUGGGCCAAUAGACAGAAAGCAACCAUAGAAGCAACAGACAUGAAUGGGAAGAAACGCAGAGUUCUUCUAAGAGAUGUUGGUCAUCCCACAAGGAUUACUAUUGAUGCUGAGCAAAGGCUAUUAUUUUGGUCUUCAGAUGGUACAGUUUCCAGCAUACACCGAGUGUCCAUCAGUGGAAGUGAUGUGAGAAAUGUUUUAAGAACCACAGUAAAAAUAAAGGCCAUCUCACUAGAUCUGGUUGACACGAGGAUCUACUGGAUCCAACAUGGCCACGGGAAAGAGAUUUCCCAUAUUGGAUCGUGCAACUAUGAUGGCGGAGCUGUUCGUUUGCUCAAAAAUUCUGCCCGACAUCAAUUGCUUGGUAUGUCUCUCUUUGCUGAGCACCUGUACUAUUCAGAGUUGAAAUCUGGUAUGAUAUGGAGAGCCAACAAGUAUACUGGAAAGGUUGUAGUCACAAUUAGCCUGAAGCCAUCAUUUUUUCCGCCAGUGGAGAUAAAAGUUGUACAUCCAUUUAAACAGCCAGGUGCAAGAACAGAUUCUCAGGAUUUUGAAAAAGGAACCUGUGACUUGAACAAAGAAAAGUGCAGAAGAAGAAUCUGCAGGCCAGACUCAAGGACUCAUCGGUGUAAAUGUUCUAGUGGCUUUAUUUUAAGUCGUAAUAAACAGUUCUGUGAAGAUAUCAAUGAGUGUGGCUUCUGGAAUCAUGGCUGUACUUUGGGCUGUGUGAACAUCCCUGGUUCCUAUUACUGCACCUGCCCGAGAGGUUUUGUUCUGCUGCCUGAUAGAAAAACAUGUCAUGAGCUAAUUUCCUGUACAAGUAACGACACCGAAUGUAGCCAUGGUUGCCUUCAAACAUCUGAAGGGCCUGUUUGCUUUUGUCCUGAAGGAUCUGUACUCAAAGUGGAUGGCAAAGCAUGCACAGGUUGCACAUCUCCAGAUAAUGGUGGCUGUAGUCAGAUAUGUUCUUCUUUAAGCCCAUCCUCCUGGGAGUGUUCUUGUUUUCCUGGAUAUAAGCUUCAGCGAGACAGAAAGCACUGCACUGCUAUAGGUCCUAAGCCAUUUUUGUUAUUUGCAAAUGGCCAAGAUAUCCGCCAGAUCAGUUUUGAUGGAACAGAUUAUGCAAGUUUACUUGACUGGCAGAUGGGAGUAGUCUUAGCACUGGACUCUGACCCGGUGGAAAAUAAGAUUUACUUUGCCCACACCGCCUUGAAAUGGAUAGAACGAGCUAAUCUGGAUGGCUCAAAUCGUGAAAAAGUUAUUCAUGAAGCUAUAGAUAUACCCGAAGGCCUUGCUGUGGACUGGAUUAACCGUAAAUUGUAUUGGACAGACAGAGGGAAGGCAUGCAUUGAAAGGAGCAAUCUGAAUGGAAUGCAAAGAAAAAUGAUCAUCUGGGAGGAUAUCUCCCAACCCCGAGGGAUUGCUGUUCAUCCAUUUGCUAAGAGAUUAUUCUGGACUGACAUGGGGGUCAGUCCCCGGAUUGACAGCUCUUCAUUAGAAGGCAUCGAUCGCCAGGUUAUAGCCCGUACUGGUCUGGUGUGGCCCAGUGGAAUAGCUCUCGACUACUUAGCCAACAAGGUGUACUGGUGUGAUGCUGAGCAGUCGGUGGUUGAGAGUGCAAACCUGGAUGGUUCUGGUCGUCGAAUUCUUGCACAGAAUGAUGUAGGCCACCCUUUUGAUGUAGAGGUGUUUGAGGAUCACCUUUGGUUUUCCGACUGGGCUAGGCCAUCACUAAUGAGGGUGGACAAGAAGACCGGCCAAAACAGGGUACGUCUUCGAGGCAGCAUGCUGAGACCCUCAUCAAUGGUUGUAGUUCAUCCUUUGGCGAAACCAGGGGCAAAUCCUUGCCUUUAUGAGAAUGGAGGCUGUGAUCAGAUCUGUGAAAACAAUUUUGGAGUUGCCCAUUGCAUGUGUCAUCCAGGAUUUGGGAAAACUCGAGAUGGAAAAACCUGUCAUGCUCUGGAUGCUUCCAACACAACAGCAGGAAGCAUCUCUGUGCACGAGGGGGUAGCACCAAUGCCAACACCAGAGACCUUACUCCGGAGCACACAAAGCAGUGGGAUAUUCAAGGAUACAGAGAGUGGGGAAAAGAAGAUCAGCAUUUUGUUGAUGGCUGAAAUCAUGGUAUCAGAUCAAGAUGACUGCACUGCACUAGAAUGUGACGUCAAUGCACAGUGUGUUUUGCUGGAAGAUGGUGCUAUGUGCCAGUGUUUGAAAGGAUUUACCAGGAAGGGGAAAUCGUGCUAUGAUGUUGAUGAGUGUGCUGUAAAUAUGGACCACUGUAAUCGCAAUGUGUCGGGCUGUAUCAAUACGGAAGGGGGCUACGUCUGUAAAUGCCUGGAGGGCUACACUGGAGAUGGAGUCCAUUGCUACGAUAUUGAUGAGUGCAAGACAGGGUCCCACACCUGUGGAGAGAACAUAACCUGCACAAAUACAGAAGGAAACUUCACUUGCUCGUGUGCUGAUGAUGCUUCUGGAACUGGCAUCGGUUGCAAAUCUACUGUGUCCCCCACUGUUGUCAGCAAUGAAUACUCCACACACCCUGUGCAAGGUGAUAUUGUAGGAUGCCCUCCUUCGUACGAGUCAUACUGCCUCCAUGGUGGAGUGUGCAAUUAUGUUUCUGAUCUGCAAGACUAUGCCUGCAACUGUGUGACGGGCUACGUCGGAGAGCGGUGCCAGUUCAGCGAUCUGGAGUGGUGGGAGCAGCAGCAUGCUGAGCGGGUGAAGAUGCGGAACAUCACCAUCACGGUGUGCGUAGCAGUGCUGGUCCUCCUGCUACUGCUGGGGUCCCUGGCUGCCUACUGCCACAGAAGUCAAAACUUGUAUAAGAAGAAUCUCUAUGCAGAAGCGAUAAGAGAUGCCAGCAGCCGCGCUGACAAUGAGAACGUGACACCUACUAGCAACAAGUCUCGGUUUGCGGUUAUUAAGGAGUGUAACAGUUCUCCGGAGACUAAAGCGGUUGAUCUAAUUGAGUGUGAGACAGCAGAUCCUCAUCCUGCCUGUCCUUCAGAAUACGCGGAACAGCCUAUAACAUACGACAAAGCAGCAGAGACUUUGGCAGAAGAGAAGAAAGAACAAGGCUGUCAACAAGAGAUUCCCGUUGGUGAGAAAUCAUGUCAGCCCAUGGGAGCAGCAAAGGGCCCUCCCCAGGCUCCCUGGAGCAUCCCCCCGAAGUCCCUGCUGGAAAGGGAGCCCUGCGAGCUUGCCCCAGCCAGCCUGCUGAUGCAGCCAGACUAGAAGCAGCCUGGGUUUCAGUAGGAAAAGGAGGAAGGAUGAAGUCAGUAGAGAAUGGGAACUCAUGAAACACUGAAGCAACCCUCAUUUUUU